GCCAUCAAGCAAGUGGAAAAAAGGCCAGGAAAACAUCUCUAAGAGACACACAGACAAGCGCUGCAACAGCGACCCCCCGAGCGGAAAGAAAAACAGCCCAGUCCACAAUUGAUAAGUUUACCAUGAUGUCUGGCGACCGAGUAAAGAUAAAAGACCUGCUCAGUAGUCGUCUCACCGAAUGCGGCUGGCGAGACGAGGUGCGACUGCUAUGUCGCAGCAUCCUGCAGGAGAAGGGGGCCAUCAGUAGCUUCACCGUCGAGCAGCUGGUCACGGAGGUGACGCCCAGAGCCCGUUCCCUCGUCCCCGAUGCCGUUAAGAAGGAGCUCCUGAUCAAGAUUCGAACCAUUUUUAACGAAAACGAGGCUGAUGACAUCGAUCCCGAGGAGGCCUGACAUUUAGUGCUAGCAAUAUCCCGCACGCAAAUCCCUUAGACACUAUUUUCAAUUUUAGAAUUUUAUUUUGUAAUUUUAUACAAUAUAUAUAUUGAUUAUA